CGAUUGCGCGACGGAAGGAUCUCAACGCAAAGUAUAUGUUCUGAACAAUUGGGAUUUCUUGUUGAGUCGGGGCAAUGACUGGCUAGUCGCACCUUCCCACAAUGCCGAUCGAGGCUCUCCCGCAGGCCACCGUCCGAGCAAUUGGCUCCACUUCGGUCAUCUCAGAUCCCUGCUCGGUGGUCAAGGAGCUUCUAGACAACGCUUUAGAUGCAUCUGCCACAUCAUUGUCAGUCGAAAUCUCACCAAACACCGUUGAUUUGAUUCAAGUCAAGGACAAUGGGCAUGGGAUUUCAGUUGAGGAUCAUCCUUGCGUCUGCAAACACGCUUUUACCAGCAAGAUUUCGAGCAUUGAUGAUUUGAAGGAUGUCGGCGGGAGUUCUCUUGGGUUUCGUGGUGAAGCGCUGGCCAGUAUUGCUGACAUGUCGGGUGGCAUCACCGUCAUCACCCGCGUCGCCUCGGAAAUUGUCGCGUCAAACCUUGAAUACGGGAGAGACGGAGAACUGUCUCGCUCGCAGAAGACAUCUCAUCCAGUUGGGACUACGGUUCGGAUUCAAAACUUUCUCAAGUACAUCCCUGUACGAAAGCAAACUGCACUAAAGGGAGCUACAAAGUGUCUCGCCAAGAUCAAGGCAUUAGUCCAAGCUUAUGCUCUAGCCCAGCCCUCUAGAAGAUUUUCCUUCAAAGUCAUCAAAGCUAAAAACGAAAACAACAACUGGUCAUUUGCGCCAGGGUCUGAUAUAGCCCUUGCAGACGCAGCGGUUAAGGUGGUUGGACGCGAUGUUGCUUCCUGUUGUACCACGAAAGAGUUGACUUCCACAGCCAACGCGCCUGAUGGUGUCGAUCUGGAUCAAAAGACGUAUCAAAUUACGGCAUUUCUCCCGAAGGCCAACGCAGACUUCUCAAAAGCCAACAACAAGGGCCAAUUUCUUAGUAUCGAUGGGAGGCCUCUUUCCACAUCUCGUGGCGUCGGCCACGAUAUUGUCAAGCUCUUCAAAUCCUACGUUCGUGCUGCUAGCUCGAAAGGGGAGGCACCCAAAUCAGUCACCGAGCCGUUUCUUUGUCUCCGGCUCAGGUGUCCCUUGGGAAGUUACGAUGUCAACAUUGAGCCGGGCAAAGAUGAUGUGCUUUUCGAGGACCGGGAAAUAGUGUUUGCCCUCAUCGAAAAUCUUUUCAAUGACAAUUACGGAGCACUACCAGACGUGACCACCAAGAUUCCGGCCAAAAAGGCAGCAUCUUCCAAUGAUCCAGCUAGUAGUGCUGGUUUUGACCUGCUCAUGGCCCGGAGACCUGCCCACCAAGCCUCUCAGAUAUUGUACAUUGAUGAAGCAGGCUCUUUAGGUGCUCCCAUUCUCACUAGUCCUGGUACUCAGACCUCAUCGCUUUCCCCAAGCGUGCCAUCCCUUGCGCAGACGCCCAAUAAUGGAGGCCGAAGUAGGGGACUUGAAAGCAACCCGGCCUCUGAGAGUGGUAAUUCGCGUCAAAUCAAUCCAUGGUCAAUAUCGCGGAUCAAUGCUUCAUUGCAGGUCCCAGACCCUGGAGAUGCCCCAUCUUCUGCGGUACCAAUCAGUCUGGCGACCGCCUCACAAGCAGCCGGACAAAGACACACACCGCAAAGACCAACUUCGAUUUCACCAGUUCAUAAUUCUGAGCGGUCUAGUCCAGUUUAUUCUAGAGGGACCCCUGUGUCUCCGCCAAAUCACCGUCGAAACCCUCCAACACCUCAUGAAUCCCCGCUUCAAUCGGCUUCAUCGAUCAGUGCCUCCCGAAGGGCAAUGCGAGAAAGAGACAGAGAGCGUUACGGGAACGGUGCCUUAGAUACUUGGUUCCAGCGGAAUACACAGGCCUCGCUUGAUUCAAGAUCACCCGAACCCCUGGUUGAGCCUGAACAGGCCAUUGCCACACUCUCCCAGCUGGCGGAACGGCGAUUCAAUCCUCCACUGGAUAUACCCAUAAUCACCCUACCCUUGGAGAGCCAUAGCUUAUCAUUCUCACCUCGUCCACAACGUGAAGGAACGCCCGACCUCUCUCCCCAGCAAAUUGGCAGUGAUAUUUCGCCUGACAAUGAUCACCAGGCAAGGUCAAUGGACAGCGGCCGAGGGUUCCCUGUCCUGGAAAAUUGGGCCGCUAGUAUACACGAGGGCUUCACCCCUGAGAGUUCAUCUGAAUUGGAGAAGGCGCUGGAUUUUGAACGGCGGAAACGAGAGGCUAAUCAAUUAUAUCGAACCCGGUCAAAAAUGUCGAACACCGGGACAAGGGUUCCUCCGUCGAACUCACCCCAUCACAAUCGAUAUAUUGCCGCCAAAGCUGCGUUGACUGCCGAUAAGGCCGGGGUCGACCGGCCCCCUGCAGCAGCUUUGGCUGCAGGUGAUCCUCGAGCGUAUCUCAUGUCCCUUAAUGCAAACCAGUUGUCGGAAGACUCAGUUGAUGACCCGGGGACACUUCGGCGAAGUCGAACCAGUAGACUACCCCUUGAACGGAUCCCACAGGGUCUUGACCUUCACAAUCUGCGCCUUCCCAUGAAGACCAGUUCUUCGGAUAUUCUUGAGUCAUUCAAAUUAAUGGCUCGUCACGAUGACUAUACUGGGGGCGGAGAUGAGCCGAAAUCACUGCUAUUGUCCGAUGUAACCGCACUGGUUCCAUGCUGGAACGAGAAACUCAGCACGAUAAUCAGCAAAAACUACAAGACGAAUGAGAACUUACAGCCUCUAGAUUUAUGCAUCGAUGUCGGCAGGGCCAUCGUGGAUCUUGGAAGACAGUUUCCAACACCCGAAAGCCAACCUGCGUGAGCGAAUUUUACUGGACUGAGUCGAGCUUAUCCAAUGUAUGACAGUUUAUAUACUAUCCAUCAUUUAUAUUGGGGGAACCUGUGAAGAGCCGCUUCUCUUUUAUAAAACCCCGUCUACUGCCAUUUAUGAGCUUGCGCACGAUUAUA